GUUCGGUUGUGGGUUGAGCUUGUGCUUUUAGGGUUUCAAUUCACGAAUCUCUUGUGGAUUUCGCAGUGAAUCUUGGAGUUUUAAGAGUUUAUAUAGGCGCUGUUUCCAUUGUGUGCCCAAUUUCAGUCAUGGAAACCCUAAUUGAUUACAACUCCCUGUUCCCUUCUUUCUUCUUGAUGUUCUGCCUCAUUUACCUCGUUGGCUACUCCAUUGUUUUCCGGAAUUGGAACCCUAAACAUCGCCCAGAUGCAUCAAGCAGCUUCAUUUCAUUGUUUCAUGGAACUCCAGCAGUACUCCUGGCAGUCUUUGCCCUUCUAACCCAACCCUCAUGGAGCUUUGCAUCUCCAAACACUGGCAUUGAUAACCUUGUCCUUGAUUUCAGCAUUGCCUACUUCACUGUGGAUCUACUCCACUACCUGAUUCUCAUCCCGAGAGACUACCUCUUCAUUGCUCAUCACCUUGCUACACUCUUUGUGUUCAUCACCUGUCGGUGCCUUGUUCUCCAUGGCUCGUUUGCUCUUCUUGUUUUGCUUGUGCUUGCGGAGAUCACUAGUCCUUUCCAGAACAUCUGGACUCUAUCUAGGCUCCGGCAAACCGAAUCAUCUCAUGCCGCGAAGUUACACCAAUUCUUGUCAUUGCCUUUCUACACUUUGUACACUAUCAUGAGAGGAUUUGCCGGACCACUGUUCUUCUACAAGAUGAGUGCAUAUUAUUUGAGUGGGAAGGCUGAUGAUGUGAUUCCUCGUUGGGUGUCAAUCUUGUGGGUCAUCAUCAUUGGCAGUGCAAUUGGAGUUAGCAUCUUGUGGAUUUCAAACCAUUGGGCAGAGUUGCGCAAUGAGUGCAGAUAUGAUGCGGAGAAGAAACAGAGGUAGCUCUUGACAUAUCAAUUGAUUGAAAAUUGGUAGCAUGUUAGUGAAUUUGCUUGACAAAUGUAUAGCAAGUUUGACUGAUCAAAAAAGCACAGAAUGGUUUUACUAGUAUGCCUGACUUUUCUUGUCAUUCUUUCAAUCAUAUAUAAUAAGAGCUAUUU